AUGGAUGAAAGUCACCAUGAUCUAGUAAACAUGUUAACUCAUCAAAUGGUGACAGUUUUAAAUCCUCUUUUAGAAAACACAAACACUAGAAUUGAACAAUUAAAUAGACAAGUUAAUAGAAUUUCUACUGUGGUAAAUUUAGAAGAAAAUGACAACCAAGGUUUAAGAUUUGAUAAUGUCAAUCAGAACGGUGGAGCAAUUCCUAAUUAUAAUGUUCAUAUGCCUAGACAUGGUCAAAAUGCUGAUGAUAUGUUAGAAAGACUUAGGCAAAACAACUUAGGGGGGCAUUAUAAUCUAGCAAGAAAUGUCGAACAAAUUUUAAACCGUUUGGGAUUUAAUGUGGGUUGUUUAAAUAGGCCAUAUUUUGUAUCUGCUUUUCCUGAAUGUGUCCAACAAGCAGAGCUUCCAAGAGGUUGGAAAAUUCCAAAAUCUCUUACAAAAUUUUCUGGAGAAGAAAAUGAGUCUACAGUAGAGCAUAUUGCUCGAUAUACUGUUGAAAUUGGGGAAGUAGCUUCUAAUGAAUAUCUCAAGAUGAGAUAUUUUCCUUCUUCUUUAACAAAAAAUGCAUUUACAUGGUUCUCCAACUUGAGACCAAAUUCUAUUCAUUCUUGGGCACAGCUGGAAAGAAAUUUUCAUGAUCAAUUUUUUCGAGGUGAAUUAAAAGUUAGUCUUACAUAUUUAUUCUCUGUCAAACGUGCAGAGGGAGAAUCCAUUGACACCUAUUUGGCACGGUUUAGAAACAUGAGAAAUAAAUGUUUUACUCCGAUCCCAGAAGCUGAAGUUGUCAAAAUGGCUACUAAUGGGCUAGAAUUUGGAGUUAGGAAGAAACUUGUUAAUCAACAUACUUUUGAUCUUUUCCAAUUAGCUGAGAGAGUAAGACAGAUAGAACAAAUUAAGAAAGAAAAAGAAAAUUUUAAAAAGGGUUUAAAAAAGGUUGCAUAUGUUGAUUGUUUUUCCGAUAGUAGUGAUUCAGAUGAGAAAGAGAUUUAUAUUGCCGAAUUACGUGGGGGUCCUCCUUAUGUAUGCAAAUCUUUGAAGCCUGUUAAAGGAAAAGAAAAAGUUUCUUCUUAUUCUAAAGUUGAAAAUAAGACUUAUUCUUUUGAUAUUUCUAAGGCAGAUCAAAUAUUUGAGGUUUUACUAUAA